AUGAAGCUCAACGCCCAAACAGGUAAUCUCACAAUCCCGAUUCUCCCCUCCUUGACUGCCAAACUAACAACCCUCCACCAACCAGCCCUCUCCACUCCCUCAAUCCUCCUCGUCCCCUACACCCCCUCCCACGUCCCAACCUACCACACCUGGAUGCUCUCCCCUACUCUCCUCUCAGCCACCGCUUCCGAACCCCUCUCCCUCUCCGAAGAAUACGCCAUGCAGCAGAGCUGGCGUUCCGACGGGGAUAAAUUGACGUUCAUUAUUUGCUUACCUCUUCCGCCAUCGAGGCGCCCACCGGAGGAAGUCGUUGAGGCUGGGGUGGACGAUGCGCCGGAGAGGAUGGUUGGGGAUGUUAAUCUUUUCCUUACUGAGGAGGGUGAGGAUGAUGAGUCGGAUGUUGAUGGGAAGGGACGAAGAGUGGUGGGAGAGAUUGAACUCAUGAUUGCGAAUGAGAAGCAGCAGCGGAAGGGUUAUGGUCGUGCAGCGGUGCUUGUGUUUUUGGAGUAUAUUCUCACGCACUGGCGAGGAAUUGCAGAAGAGUAUCAGUCUAGUGUUCCAGCUGAGAAGCUGGCCGAGGAAGCCAACCUAGAAUUGGCAUUUCUUCGGGUCAAAGUGCAGCAGACGAAUGUGGGGAGUCUGAAAUUGUUCGAGGGAGUGGGUUUUCAAAAGAUAGCGGAGGAGGCGAAUUAUUUCGGGGAGGUGGAGAUGAGGUGGAGGCCGGAUUUGGAGGACCUGAGGCGUUUAAAGGGGUGGGAGGAUGGAAAGGAGAGGGCGUUUGUGGAGAAAUAUGGUGGAGAGCAGGAGACGUGA